AGCACUGCUGUGAAGUUGAUCAGUCUGCUCAGAAAACUUACAGAGGGGAAAGUGUUUUGGAAUCGGAAAGUCCAGAAUUUCAGUGCGCAACCACUUGCGCACAAACUGGACUACUGGAGAAUACCCAAGUGAAACAUUUUAUAUGUAUAUAUUUAUAUGAAAAAUCCACCGGAUUCGUCUUCAUCGUCUAUUUUUUACAUCAAAGACUGUUUUUUUUCUUCUCAUUUUUAAGACACCCCAACCUGUGCUUUCACUUUGCAUGCGGAGUUUUCACUCGAAUCUGAGCCAAACGUUCACGCGUUCUCAUAUCUGGUUCUUGCUCUCUUUUUUAUUAUUUAAAUCGGACCUCUUUCACUUUGAAACGAAGCAUGGCUCUUCUUGUGCUGGGUACAUUUCUCACGGCGUUGUCCAUCAGCGGAGGCUCUUUCGUGCCGUGCGAGCCGUGCGAUCAGAAGGCGCUCUCCAUGUGUCCUCCGGUCCCGGUGGGCUGUCAGCUGGUGAAGGAGCCCGGCUGCGGCUGCUGCUUGACUUGCGCUCUGGCGGAGGGGCAGGCGUGCGGGGUGUACACCGGUACAUGCACGCACGGACUGCGCUGCCUGCCGCGUAACGGCGAGGAGAAGCCGCUUCACGCCCUGCUGCACGGCAGGGGAGUGUGCACGAACGAGAAGGGAUACAAACCACCGCACCCACCCAUUGAUCGUGAAUCAAUAGAGCAUGAUGAUACAGUGAAGCCAGACACGCCUGAAGACCAGAUUCCUAAAAUUCCCCUUUACCCCAAACCAGACGUAAUCAACAGCAUGAAGAAUGCUGCAGUGCGCAAGGACAAGAAGAAACAACUGGAGAAGCAUCGGUCACUGGUGUUGAUGGACUACUCCCCACUUCCACUCGACAAGCAUGAGCCUGAAUUUGGUCCCUGCAGAAGGAAACUGGAUGGAAUCAUUCAAAGUAUGAAAGACACCUCCCGCGUCAUGGCUCUUUCCCUCUACCUGCCUAACUGUGACAGGAAGGGCUUCUUCAAGCGCAAACAGUGCAAGCCCUCCCGUGGCCGGAAACGAGGCAUCUGCUGGUGCGUGGACAAAUAUGGCGUGCAGCUGCCCGGCACUGACUACAGCGGCGGUAACAUCCAGUGCAAGGAUUUGGAGAACAGCAACAACAACGAGUGAGAAUCAACCCACCCUGAUCACCAGACCUAGGGCCCACCUCCUUGUCCUGUCCCACCAGUCUACCCGCCAGUCACUUUGAGAUUUUGAUGCAAAACGACAAAGAAACACAACAGCUAUAACAAAUACGAACAAUCAGACUAAAAAGAAAAUGUUAAUGUGAGAUGAUCCACAGGAAACAUUUUGACUGAGCGCUCAUCUCUCUCUCACUGGACUCAGCCAAUCAGAGGAGCCCCCUUCUAGAGAUGAGUCCCGGCAACAACAAUAAUAGAAAAUGCUAAUAUAUAUAUAUAUAUAUAUAUAUAUAUAUAUAUAUAUAUAUAUAUAUAUAUAUAUAUAUAUAUAUAUACAUACAAUUAUAUAUUUUUAUAGAAGCUGGGGUUUGAGCACCAUAAUGUUUUGUUUAAAGUUAACAUAAAACAAACAAAAAAAAACAAAAAAAGAAAAGAAUAUAUGGCAUGUUGAAUAUUAACAGGGCUAUCUUGGUCUUUUACAUCUUUUGCUGUCAAGUUAUCAAAGGAGAUAGCAGGAACUUUUACUAUUUGAAAAAAAAAAAUGUGUGGUUUUCCCAAAAGAAAAGAAAGAAAGGAAAACACAUGGUAGAGAUCUGCUGAUACAGUCAUCUCUAUCUGGCUUUUUUUGGUCCUGUCAGAGCACUUAUUCAUUGGGGUACCUGCUUGGAAAUGUGUAACUUCACCAAGUUCAGUGUAUGUGUGUAUGUACGAGUGUGCGCUUGCGUGCGCACGUGUGAGCAAUGAAAUAUGGCGAUAGCUUUCAAAACAUGUUUUUUUUUUGUUUUGUUUUUUGUGGCAUAUCCCCCCCCCCCCAGAUCAUAGUAAAAACCAAGAUCCCAUUAGACAAAUCUGUUUCAGUGGCUCUAGAUUUUGUAGCUUACCUAAUAUGCCAACCGUGCCUAUGUAAACAGACGCUGCCACGCAGAGUUACACUGGGCUCGAACUAAAAAAAAUAAUAAUAAUAAUUCCACACAGAAUUAAUCAAUGCCCAUGCCUAGAAAAGAAAAGGCCACUCUGGAAUAGUUUCGUAUCAGAUAUUGUGGCAUCUGGGCCAAGUUAGAAUUGAGACAGAUGCUGUAACCCUUAAACGCUCCCAGCAUUUGCGUUUGAACUUUGACGGACGUUCACCGCACAGAGCGGUAGUUUCUUUCUGUCUGUAAUGUUUUGUUUUUCUUUUCUGUACAACUUUUGUUUUGUGCUGUUUCCUUUGACUUAAUGGAGGUAAUGACAGUCCACUUAUGAGCCAUGUUCCUCGACCAUGUGGUUUCACCGAAACCUUGGUAUGUUACCUUUAACUCUAGAUUAUUGAAUGUGUUUUCUUUCUUUUUUUUUAUUUUUAUCCUUAACAAACAACCACAACCAUCAGGUGCUCAGCAGAGGAGUGUUAGCAUUAUCAAUUUGCAUAUUUCCAUCUGACCUGUCACAAUGACAACUUGCUCAUUUGAAUGCAGGUCAGACCACUUUGUAAGCUCCGCCCACUUUGACUGUUCACCAAUAGGUAAUAGCUCUUUUGGUCAGCACAAUGACACAUUUCAUUUGUAUUCCUGUAUUUCAUUGGUGUUAUUAACCACGGUGGAAACAGAAGGUGUGUUUCAUUAGUGUCGUUAAGUGUGAGUUUCUGUGUGCGAGUCUCAGUGCCUUCCUACAUGCAAAUACAUUUGAAUGGUGACGUGAAUGUUACACAAUAGCCAAGGGGAACGAAACAACCUUUUUAUAUUGACGAAGGACCUCAGUUGCUUUCAAAUACAGCAUCAGAUUAGAAAUGAAAUCCAUUACAUUACAUUGUAUGUCAAGCAGCUAUCAGAUAUCGUUCCCUGUGCCGAGGCUAAGAUAGGGAGAGACCGUAGUCCAGCUAGCGCUAGCUCAUUUACUGUUAUUUCUCUUACGAAUAAGCUGACGAUUGAUUUGACAGAGACUGCAAAUGUGUGUAAUUGCUGACGAGAGUAUUUUCAAUCAAGCUAUACAUCACACAGGGAUACUCACCGGUUGGCUCUUGAAGUUGAGUGAAGCCAUUUCCCUGCCACAAUGGGUCCGUUCGGAUCUUAUUUUAGGGCCCAAAUUAUAAAAGUUUCACUGCUAGGAGGGGGCUAAAAAAAUAGUCGCUAACACCGUACCCUGUAGGGUUGCAACUUUCUAGAUCACGCAAGUACCCAUCAUAACCAGGCCCGGACGGAAUCCAUGCAUCCGCAUUUUCUGUAUUUUGAAUGUGGAGAUUUGAAAAGCAGGAAUAUGCGAAUGCCAGGCAUUCCGAUUUGGCGGAAUUCCACGCACAAAGAUUUCGUGUGGGCCUGGCUGUGAUUUGAACUAACCACAGGUCCACAGAAUGUAACCGUUGCAUGUCAAAAAAGAAUUGCGAAUGACAAUUGGCUCUCAAAUGGAAGGUGGCAUGAAAAAGAAAGAGUGAGUUCAGGGUGUGUGGGUUAACCAGAUUUUAGCAGGUGUCUCGAGUACGUCGUGGAGGCCUAGUCUCCUCUGUUAUUGCACAAUUAGCCUCGUAGGUGUAGGUCACCACAGGGCGAAAUCAGUAAUUAACAUUAUCCAGGUCCUGAUCCAUGCUGAAAGCCCCCUCCCCAAUUUAAAAAAGCAGCUUGCACUUAAUUCCUUACCUUGCCACAGGUUUAUUGCCGUCUCAAAGUGAAUCUCAGUUCAGGUAUAGGAGCAGGAGCAGGCCUCGGACAAAUACCCUGCCUGAAUACCUUUGACAGGGGCUUCACAGCCCAAGCCUAAGACCCACAUCAUCAUUCAGUGGGUUAACCAUUAACACAAAUCUACCAAUCACAGUCUAUUCUCCAUCUACUCUUAAUAGACUUUGUGUCUCAGUGAUAUCCGGGAAGAAGGAGAGCGGGUGAGAGCCUCAAGUGGUGAUCUUGUGCUGGGCCUCCUUUCACAACACACAAUACGUACUGCAAAAAUGUAUUUCUGAAUCAGUAUUUGUGUCUCGUUUUCCAGUAAAGUCAUCCAAACGACUUUAAUACUAAUUGAAUUUACUUAAAAAGCAAAGUUGCUUUCAGACCAUAUCUUGAACAACAUUUAAGGACAUGUUUGCCUAUACGGUUAACAAAAAUCAACUUGGCCCAAAGCUAAAAUUAAUGUACUCAGUUUUAUGUUUCAAACCGGGUGGCUUUAAUUUCUUCUUUAGAACACCAAAAGAGAAGGUUAGUAAAAUGUCCAAGCUUCUCACUUCCAUAGGGUGGGUCAAGCUCCAAAAGAUGCACAAUAAAAUGCUGUAGGUGAACUUUGUGUGACAAAUGUAAUUCAUUCAAACUUUGCCUUGAAAAUCUUGCUUGAAAUCCAUGGUCUCCAUUCACUUUCCAUUGUAGGGAAAAGUGCAGCUUGGAAAAACUCUAAAUUUGUGUUCCAUGGAAGAAAGAACAUCAGUGAGUAAACAAUGCUAGAAUUUUCCUAUAAUUCAAAUUCUUUGAAAACGAGUGUUGUCUAGUGAUUUUGUUUUAAGAAUGUCUAGAUAUUUGUACUGAAAAACCAGACAAAAAUACUAAUUUUUGCAGUGCUUCACACUUCACAGUAGAACGUUUAGAUGGACAGUCUCGGAAUCUGAUAAGCAGGCAUGCAACAAGUCAAAAAAGUGUUUAUACAAAAAUCAUGAAUAUUGAAAAGACGAUGCAUUAUGCUGAAAACCAUUUUACCUUGUUUCCCCAGGUUGUAGAAUCCAUCUGGGUGUCAUUGUGAGAAUGGGAAAGAAAUGUCAUUAAUGUGAUUUUGAUCCAUUCUGAUUUGCAAUUAGUGGUAACAGACUAUCGAUUGCCAGGACGCAGCAUGUUGCUUUUGUGCUUAUCUGCUUUCAUCAGAUUCCGAAUCUCAUACUUGGGUAGACAGCAGUGUUCAUAACUCACACUACAGUAGAAACGACAGGUUUUCUUUCUUUCUCUGAAUGCAUAACAGUUUUUUUUUUCUUUAUUACUUUUCUUUUUUUUUUUUUUUUGUGGAUGAGAAAAGACUUGAUGAUUGACCACCUAAAUGUGGCUUAAACUGGCAUGUGAGAAAGACCCAUUAGUGGCUGGAGGACUCUAAAAAUGUUCAGCAUUUGGAACUCUUAUUAAAAACCAAUAAAAUGAAAAAAAAAAAAAUUAUUAAGAAAGUGAAUAUCACUGUGUAAUAUUUAUUCAACUUGUAAUUUAUGUACUCGUUUAACCUUUGUCUUUUUUUUUCUUUUUUUUUGUUAUGACAAAGCAUUUAUUUAAAUAAAGUUAUGUAUUCAUUUAAUCUUGUGCAAUAAAUUUAUUUGUACAUUA